AUGAGCUCCCUAUCGUUUUACCACUUGCCAAUACAACUAUCAACGACUCACUCAGUCUACAGAACCUCUGAAGACACUAUCUUCAACAGCAUACCCAGUGAUGAGUGGAUGAGUACGCCGAUGGAUCUACCUGAGAUACUCCAUCUACCUCCGAGUAUCACGCCAAGGACGCAGCCACCAUUAGACUUGAACGUACAUAAACCACCGAAGAAGAGAUGCAGGGGUUUGGCAUCGGAGUAUGAAUAUUUGUGCUCUGCAGAUUUCUCUGCAGAGAUGUGUCCAUCUCCUUCUCCGCUGCCGAGAAUGAAUUCAUUCCUAGAAUACAGACGGAAGAAAAGUGCAGAUUUGAAAGCCAAUGGAAGCACAACCCAUCAGAGCAAGAUAUCAAAGCAGGCCAGCAACGAGUGGAAAAACAUUAAAAUGACGCGUAGCGUUAGCAAGAAGCUCAAGCGGGAGUCCACUGAGGUCGAUGGUGAUGACAUGCUUUGGCCUUUGUCGACAGCGUCGGCACCAGUGCCUGAGAAAAGUUACUUUAAUGAAUGGCUGCCAGGCUACUUCGCUUACAAGCACUCGAAAAAGAAGAUAAAACAUUUAUCUGGUCGUGUGGAGAUAAAGGAUAGCGUUAAUGAUAUAAAUUAUAUUAUUUCCAUACUCCCACCAACGCACAGAUCAUUUUUCAACACUCUCAACGCUGAAUUAGUCAAAAUCAAUGAGUUUUACCUCGAUAGACUGUCAGACGCGCAAACACAGGCUGCUUUGUUAGAUUCGCAGCUAAUUCAACUACGAAAGCACCGCCAAUCAUUUUACACGCAGUACCCGCGCAACAUCUACCUCGCAUUCAAGGGUGCAUGGGAUACAAGACACAUCAGAAACUUCUAUAGAGUAUUCACGCGUCAGCCUCCAAUACCUCCCAGCAGAGCUCAUAUCCAGAAAGAUAACACUGAAGGCCUCCCAGAUCCACAGGGUUACAAGAAGGCGCAGAGAAAGCUGAAACUCGCAGUGUUUGAGCUGCACAGAUAUCUCAAUAUGCUUAAAUCAUUCUCUGACCUCAAUCAAGUCGCCUUCUACAAGGCCCUCAAGAAGUAUGAUAAGAUGGCGGAGAACAAUAUCAAAUUCGGUCCGCUGUACAUUCAACAGAAGGUGAAUCAAUCAGAAUUUACAACGUCGCAGGAUGUUAAUUAUCUGCUCGAUGCGACUGAAAAUGUCUUUGCGUCUUAUUUUGAAAGAGGGUCACAUAGACGUGCAGCUCAGAAGUUGAGGCUGGAGUCUACAAAGAGAUCAGUUACAGCACCGCUAGUAUUCACUGGUAUCUUUAUCGGAUUGUCGAUCCCACCUAUCUGCAUGGGUAUUCAUAAUGUCUACAAUCCGACAUUGCGUGAGAACUUGCCAACGUGGCAGGCUCUUCUACAGGCUUACAGCGCCUGUAUACUCCCUCCAUUCUUUCUACUUCUUUUCUCAACUAAUGAGGCACUACUUUCAAAGGCGAGGAUAAACUACGUUUUUAUCUUCGAGCUGGAUUUCAGACGCUAUUUGCAUCCGUCUCAAGUAAGCGUGUUAGCUUCGUUCCUCUGCUUGUUGCUGUCGUGGUCGUUCUAUGUCUCCUUCACUAACAGCUGGAGUGAGACCAUCGCGCCCACAUCUUGGCCACUCAUUUGGAUAAUAGUUACUCUGAUCAUCUGGUUCAAUCCUCUGCCAUUUAUGUAUCGAAAUGCGCGCUACUGGAUGAUCAAGUCAUUACUGAGAGUUUUCACAGCGGGGCUGCUCAGUGUUCAGUUCCGAGAUUUCUUCCUGGGUGAUGAAUUAAAUUCACUCGCUUACACAUUCUCCAACCUGCGUUUCUUAGGCUGCUGCUACAACGUCAAGUGGCACGAGGAUGAUACGCGUACAUACUGCUCCAAUCAGUCCUCAUGGGCGACCCCGAUCCUGCAGUCCAUUCCGGCCACUAUUAGAUUAUGUCAGUGUCUCCGCAGAUACCAUGACUCGAAAUAUACUAUGCGGAUCCACUUGGUCAACACAGGCAAGUACGUUAGUGUCGUUGCUCAGAAUUUCGCCUUCUUCGGCUGGCGAUAUAGCGGGAAAGGGAGCUAUGAGCACUAUACAUUCAUUAUAUGGAUCAUUUUUUCGGUUAUAUCUUCCUCCUAUACUGCUAGCUGGGACCUACUGAUGGAUUGGUCGCUGCUACAGCGCAAAUCCAAACGGCGCUUCCUACGCGAUACUUUGGCUUUUGAGAAGACCUAUCUCUAUUACUUUUCGAUGAUCACCAAUACUAUCCUCCGUUUCAUAUGGCUUUUUUAUCUCCCAGACCACCACGCACGCUACGCCGUGCGCAGCUUCAUAUUUGCCGUGAUGGAAGUAUGUCGACGGUGGCAGUGGAAUUUCUACCGCUUCGAGAAUGAGCACGUCGGCAACGUCGACCAGUAUAAGGUGGUGAAGGAUGUCAAGAUGCCUUACGACGAAAAGCUGUCUAAGGGGUCGAUGGUGGACGACGAUGCCGUGCAAGCUGGUGCAGCAUUCGAUUUGACGGUAGAGCCUGAUUCGAAACCUGCGAACAGUGCCACUACUGCCACUACGGAGGAUGACGACAUAGCUCGUCUUGUUAUGACAGUCCCCCGGUCCGAACAGCUCACUGAAGGCGGUGCGCGUGGCCGUCCCGCUGCCAGGGACUAUGAGCGUCGUCCUACUGUCGCAAAGCGGCCGUGGGCGAUGCACAGAAAGGCGUCGGAUGCCGUCGAGUUUGAUUUUGGCGGCGAUGGUGACGGCAGCGGGAGUGGGAGCGGAUAUGAAGAUAGCGAUUUCGAGAACUCGCUUUCUUUCUCUGAUGACUCUUACGCUUACCCGAAUGAUAAUAGCCGGGUAAACAAAACCCCAUACGCUAGUGCUACAUCUGUGAGCAAUAAAGGGAAGAGGGAGGAUGGUUCUUUCAGGUAG